ACUGCAGACAGUCCUCCGGGAACCUUCUCCACAGGGAGUCCUCCCCACGGGCCGCAGCCGUUCCCACGCUGCUCCGCCGUGGGUCCCCCCGGCGUGUUGCAGUCCUCCCAGCGCUGAACCACAACCGCGGGGCCGCUUCUCCCCUCAGGGUCCUGGCUCCCUUUAAGCGCGGACGCCUGUCCCAGUGUGGGCUCCUCCUCAGGCUUCAGGUCGGCCACUGCUCCAUCACGGACCUCCGUGGGUGGCAGCGGGGUGGCCCUGCCGUCUCACCACGGGAUAGGGGGGGCUCUUUGCUCUGGCACACCACCCGCCCCGCCCCGCCCCUUUCUCCUUUCUCCUCCUCCCUUCUUCCACUGAUCUCGGUGUUUGCGUAAGCAUGCUCCUUGCAAUCUCCCCUCCCAGGUUCCCCUUCCCAAAUAUGCUAUCGCAGAGGUGCAGCCACCAUCACUAAUUGUCUCGACCUUGGCCAGAGCCGGGUCCAGCUUGGGACCAGGGGAGCUUCAAGAAGCUUCUCACAGGGGCCACUGCUGUAGCCCCCCGCCCUGCUACCAAAGACCCUGCCACAGAAACCCAGCACACUGCUAUUUAAGGAAUUGUUAUUACACUUUAAAUGUUUACUUCCUCCUAAUUGUCUUACUUGGAUGAGAAGUGACAACCCUUAGAAACAUGCUCUGCAACUUUCCUGUAAUUCAAGAGGUCAAACCCAGUCUUGGCACACUUUCACUAUAUCCAGUAAAGUUAUGGUUGCUCUGCGGGGAAACUGGCUAAACUUAUCUCUAGCUUUAUGGAGCUAAUCCUCACUCUGAUGCUUAUGGUAUGGAAACUCCUGGUGACACGAGAUGGAUCAGUGCUGUUCGGAAUUAGUUUAGGUAGAAGCAAGACAUAACCAUUUAACAUCAAAAUACCUGAAACUAAUCUAUUAACUCUUUUUGUAUUUUGAUAUUAUCUGAAAAGAUCUCAAACUCUUUCUGCACAUGAAAGAGUACACUUCUGCAUAACUGCAUUUUCUUCUUGCUUCUAUUAUGGGAAAGCAAACAUUUGCAAGCUUUUAAAACUACGUGUAAUUUUUACUUUAACAAAAUAAAUAAUUUGAAACAUUCAUACAGUAUGAGAACCUGCACUGUAAUGCUAUUUAAAUACAGAUAAAGACCUUGUGGAAUUACCAGAACACGAAAACCAGCUGUGAUGUAUUCUUUCAUCCUGAAAGAUUGCUUAUUCCCUACUAUUACUAAAAUAUGUGCACUCUCUGGAUGUCAUUGAGUUUCUUCCUCUUCACCUAUAAUUGAGUAGUUACAGUGAUUUUCCUUUUCUAUCACUGUGUGUAGUAGCCUGUUCUGGAGAUAUAUAAAAAUUAUGUAUAGGCAUGUGUAAAUUAUAGGUAAAUAAUUUUUUUAUUUUCCAUAGCACAUUUUAGAUCUUGAUAGUUCUGAACGUUUCAGAGUUCUGAUCCUGUUUUUCUAUUAGUGAGUUUGUUCUGCUAACAAAUCUGUCCCUCUGUCCCCUUGUAUUCUUGUAUUUGUGCUUUUUCCCUGCAGCCUCACUCUCACAAAGUUCAAUCCAUCCUAUGGUAUCAUUUUAUCACUAUGUCAUCUUUUUAAGUACUCUGAUGUACAACUGAAAACGCUUUUCUUGUAUUUAAACAAAUCACCCUCCAGGUUUAACAACGUGAACUAGUUGCUGUUUUAAACUCCUGAAUGUAGAGACCAUGUUGUGCUUCAUUUGGCAUCAAUUGGUAUGAUAUUACUGCAGAAUUGUCAAUUUCUGGGCGUAGCAAAGUAAGGGUAAUUGAAGAAGGUUACUGUUACAUAGUUAAACGUAGUUUUAUAAUACUACAGUAGUUGUGAAAGGUGAUUAGUUAAUGUAACAGUGCAUUUUCAGUGUGAGAAGCAUAAUCCGUUUUCUGCCCGCAUAUGAAGAUAAUCAUUACUACAAGUGCUUCAGAUUUCUUCUUUCGAGUGAACAAUAAAAGUGCCCGCCUGGACCUGUGCACCAGCCAAAACCUCUGCAUUUCUACUGGAUGUUAAAACUGUAACUGAUUUUCUUCUUGAUGCUUUCUUUUAGUGACUAGUAAGAGCUUUGUGUGUGCAAACAAAACAGCUUGUUACCCUACUGUGAAAAGCAAAUGAAAAAGAAAAGCUGUAGUUUCAGGAGGUUUUGAUUUCUAAGAAAUCUCUACAUUACAACAUUGUCUAGUCUAGACUUGUGACAUUUUGCAUUGGCAUGUAUGGGUAGAACUCAUCCAGCACAGUAUCUUGACCAGGUACCACUCUACUACAUUAAUCAAUAUUUCAAUAUCUCUCUGUGGUGAUCUGUAAUGCCAAGAGCUGCUGGAUCUGAACUAGAGUCCUUCUUACAUAUUUCUGGCUGCCUUUAGAAAUAAAUACUAUGCUUGCAAAGGAGACAAACAGUAAAUUUAAAGAUGUUUGAAAAAUGAAACGUACACAACAUUUACUGAAAAACUGGAUUUCUUUUGGUUAGAGCAAUUAGCACACUCAAUGGAAUACAAAGCAUCCCAACCCAGUUUUUAAAUGCAAUUGCCAGUUAACUGUUCACAGCUCUGUAGGGAUAGUUUAUUAAAAGAAAUCCCCAAAGAAAGCUGUCACAGUGAAACAAGAACCCAGCCUGAAAGGGGUGACUGUGUGUACAGUGAGAUUAUUCUGCAUGUUUGCAAAGACUUGUAUUACUCCACUGCUUGGUUUGCUCCCACGAGCGCAUGAAAAUCACAGAAAAUGUACCUUAAACUUUGCAGCAAUUAAUUAAUUCCAAGAUCAAUAUUUUAGAACAGAGUUAAAGCAGUGAUUUUGCUAUUGGGCUAACAGGCUAUUUUCAUUAACUGAUGAGCAUAAUUAUGCAUUAAAACUCAGUGCUACAGUGCAUGUAAAUAAUAGCCUUUUUAUCCAGGUUUCUGGAUUCUUCUGAUAAUUACAGAAAUUACUUCGUUUAGUUACAGAAAUACCACGUAAACCCAGACAGUGCCUUAAUGCUGUCAACCGGAACUUGAGAAAUGAGGGCCAGUUGGACCUGAGAGAAACUUACCGCGGGCCCCGCGCCUGCACCAACGAUGUAUCCACGGCACGUUUUAGCUGCGCUACUGUCCUUUUAAUAAUUUAACUGGAGCAUUUCGAUGUCGUUGUGAAAAAUAUCCUGCAUUUAACUGCAGCGGCAGCAUUAUUCUCCUCAGACUGAGAUGCCAAGGCCCGGACGCCUGCCCUCCUUCUCGCCCCGCCCCGGGGCCUGUUUCCCGCCCAGCCCGGAGGCCGGGCGGGGUGGGCGUGGCCUCAGAGCCAUUCGGAAGCUCACUCAAGUUCAACCUGGCGUUAUGGACGGCAGCCACCGGGCCUCGUCUCGCGCUCUGCUAUAAGAGGCCGUCAGACCCCGGCGUUGCAGCUCUUUUUCCGGCCGUGCCCACUUCGCAGCCCCUAUCCUGGCCGUGCAGCACGGUAGUGGAGCUUCCCCUCAGGCAGGAGCUACUCCUCCCCGGCCAGAGCCAGCGCCAGCUGGAGCGGCGAGGAGAGGAGCACGGCCGUGGGUGCUCUCUGCAGCGUUGGAGCAAAGCCAUAGCGAUGGAUGACGAACCGGAACGGACCAAGCGGUGGGAAGGAGGCUACGAAAGGACAUGGGAAAUUCUUAAAGAAGAUGAAUCCGGAUCGCUGAAAGCGACCAUCGAGGACAUUAUUUUCAAGGCAAAGCGGAGAAGAGUCAGUGAACAUCAUGGACAAGUUCGACUUGGAAUGAUGCGUCACCUUUAUGUGGUGGUUGAUGGAUCAAGAACUAUGGACGACCAAGAUUUAAAACCGAACAGACUUACUUGCACCUUGAAGUUGUUGGAAUAUUUUGUUGAAGAGUACUUUGACCAAAAUCCUAUUAGUCAGAUUGGCUUAAUUGUAACCAAGAAUAAAAGAGCUGAAAAAAUGACAGACCUUUCAGGUGUCCCAAAAAAGCACAUAACUGCUCUGAAGAAAGCGGUGGAUAUGAACUGUGGUGGAGAGCCAUCUCUCUAUAAUUCCCUAAAUUUGGCCAUGCAGACCUUAAAGCACAUGCCAGGACAUACAAGCAGAGAAGUGUUGGUAGUCUUCAGCAGUCUGACAACAUGUGAUCCAGCCAACAUCUAUGAUCUAAUUAAGUCUUUAAAAGCAGUUAAGAUCAGAGUAUCCAUCAUCGGCCUAAGUGCAGAAGUUCGAGUUUGUACAGUACUUGCCCAAGAAACUGGUGGAACAUACCGUGUUAUUUUAGAUGAAAGUCAUUAUAAAGAACUGCUGAUGAAUCACGUUAGUCCUCUACCUGCCAGUUCAAGUUCUGAGUGCUCCCUUAUUCGAAUGGGUUUUCCUCAGCAUACUAUUACUGCUCUAUCUGAUCAAGAUGCAAAGCCAUCCUUUAGCAUGGCGCAACUGGAAAACAACAGUGAGCCAGUUCUUACACUGGGUGGAUAUUUCUGUCCCCAGUGCAGAGCCAAAUACUGUGAACUUCCGAUAGAAUGCAAAAUCUGUGGUCUUACAUUAGUGUCUGCACCUCACCUGGCUCGGUCGUACCAUCACUUGUUUCCUUUGGAUGCCUUUCAGGAAGUUUCACUGGAAGAAUAUCAGGGGGAACGGUGUUGUCUGGGCUGCCGGGGAGAAAUGAAAGAUCAAAAAGUUUACAUAUGUAAAGUGUGUCAGAAUGCAUUUUGCUUGGAAUGCGAUUUGUUUGUUCAUGAUACUCUGCACUGCUGUCCUGGCUGUAUCCAUGAGCAGCACCCUACUCCCAUGUCUAUAUGAUGUCAUCUCUUCUUAGAAAUUAUUGUAUCUAUGUCAUUCUUGCAUAAAUCUAUUUUGUUUAUUCAGUCAUAGCUUUCACUAAGGCACCUCAAAACAAGAAGGACCUAGAUGAUUACACAAGGAUGAACAUGGGCUUGGGAGCAAACUGAUUUUUACCUAACGUAUCAAUGAUUUUUUUACUGUUAAUAUAUUCUUGAAUUAUCUAUAUCUGAUCUAUUUUCUUUGGUUUUGUCUGAAAAGCUCUGGCUUUUUCUGAACAUGAGUAACAUGUAUAUUUGUAAAUGUGAAGGGGAUUAAACUGAUUUGUAUGAUAAUGUGAUUAAUCUUUUUUUCAUUCUGUUCAAAAAAGAAGCCCUGAUAUUUUAUGUGUCAGUUGUUAUAAUAUCUUGGUUUUGGUGGAUAGUGGAGUUCUAUAUAUCAAAAUAUUUUUUCUGUGAGAAUUUAACAAAAGUGUGUUUGAGCAAUUAGGUGGGAGACAUUUCAAGUAUUGUGACUAUUCACCUUGGGCUUCAGUAAAGCAACUCAAAUACAGCAGUUACAAAUGUGCUGAAAACAUGUUUUACGUUUUAAUGGUAUGAUUCAAAACUAACUGAAUUCUGGUACUGCUCUGUCUGUAGUUGUAUGGUUUGUUUCACUUUCUUGUAGGAGUGUAAAAUAACUGAAAGGCAAUAACUUUGCAAAGAUGUAAGACUGGAGUUUACGCAAACUAUUGUUUGAUGGUCACAGUAUUGAAGACGGUGACGCUGUUUUGAUUCUGAGGCUGGAAUGAACGGCUAGAACUGCAAGUUAUCUCCUUGGCUAAACUUCCCAAAGCAACAGACAGCCAGGUGGAGGGAGAAGGGGAAGCAUGUGAACAUUGAAGAAUGGAAACUGAGACAGAGGCAAGACACCUUGGAGAUUUGCAGACGUUUUACAGUGUCUAUUCAAAGUGUGAUUACAAUUUGAAGUUGUGAGAAUGUAACGUGCUACACCUCAGUAAGAGGAGGUUGUGACAGUUCAGUACAUCACAUCUGGUUUUCUGAAGUUACCUUAAGAUGGCUGUAAUACAUCCAGAGUAACUCAGUCACUGCUCUAUCUGACUUAAUUUUAAAACGGUGGCCUUUGUUGUCAGAGUAGGAACAGCAAUAAUCUAACCUAACCACUGAAUCUUAAAAGUGCAAACAGACGAAGAAGGGAAGCAAACCCCUGUCUUAAGUCAGUUACCUGUUUUCAUACUCGCCACAUACAAACAAUACAUGCUGCUUUUCAGUUUUCACUGGCAGCUUUCAAGUCCUUUAAAUCUGCAAAUUCAGAAUUGCUAGUAUAGCUUUGUUUUUCCUACUCCAGUACUGCAGGCUGGCUGGAAUGCAGUGUAUCUGCUGUGUUGGCAGAUAAAUGACUGUUUUGGCAUGCAUCUGUGUUUCAUUUUGUGCUGAGUCAAAGAAUCCCUAUAAACCCUUCAUGCUAUCGGGUGAUUACAGUGCCUGUUACUGUGAGGGUGUCCUAAAAACUAGCAGAAAAAUGACAUAUUCAUGGGUUUUGGUGUGGUCUAGUAGUCCAGGCCAAGCCAAAGGAGGGCCCUAAGCAUCUGGCUCUUGGAUAUUCUGAUAGGGGUGAGAGUGUCUUGAUGUGAUGUUUUCUGGUAACAUUUUCAUCUUCACAGUCAUUGUUUCCUAAUGGAAAAAAAACGGUUUUCUGAAAGCACUUUAAAUCUGUUCUAGUUUUUUCUCUUGCUAGACACCAAAGUAACAUACUUGGAAGUAGAAGCUGUGUAGAAGUUGCAGCUAUAUACUCCAGUAUCUGCUUGUGGUUUGAGUAAUAAUUUGGCUUGUACUAUUCCACCCCUCUCAUUGGAUAGCAAGAGUAGUUCAAACAAGGUCCUGAAAAAUUACUAUUGGGGCAAUGUUUAUCUACUGCGUAAAGAAUUUCAGCUGUGGUCUUUGUGUUUAAAGCAGGAGGGAGGAAAUCCUUCCUUCAUCUGUACUUUUUGACUGGAAUUCACUGGAUCUCAAGUCUCCUUUGCUUUUGAGAAGCUACAACUUGCUUUCUUGUUUUUGUGUUCUCUUAUUUACUGUAUCUGUCACAAGAUUAGUUAAUCAGUGAUGUUAUCAGCAGACCUGUGAGAAAUUCUUAAACUUCCUAAAAAUGCUAUGCAAUACAGUUUGGACAUAAAGCGUUUAAGGAAGGGGUGAAAAAACAAAAACAUCCCGUGGUGGAGUUCAGGGGACAACUGUGUCAAGAAGUUUGAGGCUGCAAGGUACAGUGCUACUAGAGUGCACUGCUGUGAAGGAGGUUGUGGAAAGGUCGGUGAGUGCCCUUGCUUUCCUUCCACUUUGUACUUUUCUUGCAGGAAUAAAAGUUACCAUCUGUAUUAACUGUUGUAACUGAUUUCUGAGACUGGAAGUGCUGAAAAUGUAUUAACUGAGUAAAACAAAGGUCUGGUUUUAGUUUUGCUUAACAACUGCAGCUCCUGAAGAAUUGGCAUGACAUCCUGGCCUGACUCAUGCGAUAUGAGGAACAGUUUUAAUUGUAGAUUAUGAUGUAAUUUAGAAAUGAAAAAAUGCCAUAAAGUACUAACUGAAGUGUUACCGGAUUGUGCAGACUCCUGGCUGAAGGAAUGAGCAGAUGAAUUUUAAGUCAAAUUUGAAUGAGAAUCACAUUUCCAUCUUUAGGAAAAACAAACAUCGUGCCAGUAGUGUCAUGCAUGAAAGUAUUUUUUCAAAAUAUAAUAGAACUUGAAGUCUUGUUACAAGUUUUGUAGCACUUGCUGCCUUGGGAUUUGAAAGCACUGAAAUUGUUGAGCACGUAUUUUCCUAUGAGAGAAAUGUGAUUUUUGUAGCCAGUGAAAACAACAGGUUGGAGAUUCUGGGUUUAGAAUCACUUUCUUAAGGAUGAAUUUGUUUGGUAAACAUUGUAAAUCUCUUAAGAUCCCUUAAUUCUUUGAGAAAACGGAGCUCUGUGGUGAUGGAGGGAGCAGAAUUUGACUGUGGAGCUGCACUGUAGGCAUUUUUGCUGUGUUCUGAACCAUCACACAGUAAAAUACUUCCUAUGGUUGUCUUACAACAGUAUCAGUAACAAAAAGUUAUUACUUCUGCAAGCUAAUGUAUAUUUGAGAAAACUGGUGUAAAUAGCAAAUGUUUAAUAAAACCACUUUACUAGACAGAAGUAUUGGCAGUAUGAGUUAAGCAAUAAAUUUAAUUGCCAAAUUAAUUUCAUUUUGUAAUGAUGAAAUUCCUGUUCCUUUUCAUGAAGGAUCAUGCAAUUCCUGCCAGUCACUGUUUCUGUUGAAGACAGGUGACAUUUAAAAACACUUCAAUAAAAUAAUUGCAUUGCU